AGAAGUAGAAAUAAUAAUACUAAUAAAUAUUUCCUUUUCAGCCUCAACAAGCUCACACACGCGCGCGCACACACACACACGCGCGCGCACACACACACACGCGCACACACCUCGACAUGAAUGAAUGGGUGUGAUCCAGUGUUAGAGGCAGAGUUGGGGUCAGUAGUAUACUGUAGUGAGACCUGCUAUUUAAUCCAUCAUCAUUAUAGCACUUUGUGUGUGUGUGUGUGUGUGUGUGUGUGUGUGUGUGUGUGUGUGUGUGUGUGUGUGGUAUUUUCCCUGUAGAAGGGAGAAUAUAUUUAGCCAAAUUCUAAACACUUCCCUGCCAUCUGAUUGGUUGAGCCGCUGUCAGUCUACAUGAAGGAGGCAGCAUACGGUUUACAGUUCUCUCUAAGGGAUUGUGUUGUCUGCCAAAUUUAACCCUAACACACACACACACACACACACACACACACACACACACACACACACACACACACACACACACAACAUGUUUAUUGGCGGAUGGUUAUAGCUUGUAGUCACAGUUUUGUUGUUGCUCUGUGUUAAUGAGAGGUUUCAGCUGUGUGUAGAUGUGUGUGUUGGGACUCAUACUGGAUGUGAACAUAUAGUGAAGACUGUGUGUGGAUAGUCAGUCAUGGGUGAUUGGAGCUCAUUGGGGAAGUUGUUGGAGAGUGCUCAGGAACACUCCACUGUGGUGGGGAAGGUGUGGCUCUCUGUGCUCUUCAUCUUCAGGAUCCUGGUUCUGGGAGCAGCAGCAGAGAAGGUGUGGGGCGAUGAGCAGUCAGGUUUCACCUGUGACACCAAGCAGCCUGGCUGUCAAAAUGUCUGCUAUGACCGAACCUUCCCCAUCUCACACAUCCGGUUUUGGGUCAUGCAGAUCAUCUUUGUGUCAGUUCCCACGCUCAUAUACCUGGGACACAUCCUGCACCUGCUGCGUAUGGAGGACAAGCAGAAGCGUGUGGAUAAGGAUGGAGCUGGGAAAGCGGGAAAAGUAACAACAACCAUUCGGGAUGAACAGGGAAAGAUCAGGCUGCAGGGAGCUCUGCUUCGCACGUAUGUGUUCAAUGUCAUUUUCAAAACCCUGCUGGAGGUGGGCUUCCUGGUAGCACAGUACUUCCUAUAUGGCUUUGAGCUCAAGCCCAUGUACACGUGCAGCAGCUGGCCAUGUCCCAAUACAGUAAACUGCUACAUCUCACGCCCUACAGAGAAAACCAUCUUCAUCCUGUUCAUGCUAGCUGUAGCAUGUGUGUCACUUCUCCUAAAUUUGGUGGAGAUGUACCACCUUGGCUUCACCAAGUGUCGUCAGGGUCUCCGCUUUCGCCAUUCGAUCUCUGACUCUUCCUCCAAAACACCUAGUGAGGAAGCUGUUAUUCCAUUUGUUGCCAGUUACCCCUAUUACCCUGCCCAUGCCCCACCCCCUGAGCCUCAGUACAAACUCCCAGACACUGACGGCUCUUUUCCCGCGUACGGCAGUCGCUCCGCCCACAAACAGAACAACGAUAACCUUGCCGUAGAGCGCAUCACCACAGAGACCAAAGCUGACCCUGCAGAAACCAAACCUGAUGAAACCAGGGUGAAGAAAACCUCAAGUUCUGCCCCUGGAUCUCCGUAUUACCAGCGCAGGCCGAGCUAUGCUAGUCGCUAUAGCAACAAUAAGAGCCGACUGGACGAUCUGAAAAUUUAAGGAGAAGAAAAAAAUGAAAUAAAACCUAACAACCAACUAGUGAUACCACAAUACACACAGAUACACACACAUACAGAUACAAAUGCAAACAAACACACACACACAAACAAUAGACACAAAUACACACACAAUAGACACACACACAUACAUGAACUGCAGUGUUUCCUACGUAAAACUGUUAGCAUUUGCCACUACAGAUAAGGUUUGACAUGUGGCUAGUGUUAAAGUAAUUAGCUUUAAUACUGUACUUAAUGAUAAUGUACUAGGUGUCAUGUGUGAGUUGGUGACAGAUAAGUGUGAAUUUUUCUGUGUGAUUUAAGUGAUUAUUGAUUAUUAUUGUAAAAGUGAUGGGACUCAGAAGUCUCAUGAUGAAUGUGUGAUACUUUUUUAUUUUUAUCAUUGAGAAGAACAUAGAAAGAGACACUCAAACUGGCCUGCGGUCUCAGUUAGUGUUUACUCACAUGCUAGUGUUUAACUUAUCACUAGUGGAGAAACUCUAGCCUGUUUCACUAUUUUUUAGCACUUGACACAUUGUUAAUGUAUUAGCAUUAGCCUGUGUUUAUAUUCACUAACACCCGUCAGUGGGCUUCUUCAGUCCGACCAGAAUUUGAAACACACUACUAGCACUAGCAUUGCACUAAUUUACCAGAAUGUGCCACACUGCUAACAUGCUUUAUUAGCAUUAAAUCUAGCCUCCUAGCGUUAGCCCUGCUGCUAAUGUCAUUGUUAUUUUGCUAGCAUUUGUUUUUGUUGUAGUUUAUCAAUAUUUGUCACACUGCUAAUUUACGAGCCUUAGCAUUUCUCUGGUUUGUAAGAAACAAAGUUUGAACUUUUCUGGAUUUCCAUUUUUAGCUGUAAUGCGAGUGAGUGUAGAUUUUGCUAACAAGCUGUCAUUUGGUUGUUAAGUGUCUUAUUUUUUGGUUGUGUUUUAAUGAACUGAAUAUUAUUACUGUGUGUUACAACGUUUUUACUGUGUACUGUUGCUAUGGUAAC